AAGAUGUACUCUCACGAAUCAAUAAAUACAAUUCUUCUUUGGAUCAAAACAACAAACCAGAUUUCUCCGGCUCAGGCUCCGGCUCAGGCUCAGGCUCCGGCUCAGCUGCUUAACUCGUAGACAGAAAGAGAGAGAGAGAGAGGAGAAGAAAGGAAGAGAAAUGCCAUUACCGAAGUAUUACUGUGAUUAUUGCGACAAACAAUUCCAGUAUACAACCUUUGCUAGAAAACGUCAUUGCGAGGGUUUACAGCAUCAACGAGCCAAAGCUUUUUAUUACGACUCCUUGAAAGAUCCAAAUCGAAUACAAGGAGAAGGCUUUGGAAAAGGAGUUUGCAACCGCUUCAUUCGAACGGGAUUCUGUCAGUAUGGGGAUUCAUGUAAAUAUUUUCAUCCAAAGCCAAAUCUUCAAAACCCUAGCAUUCCAGGAGUUAUGGUAACAAAUUUUGCUGAGGCAGUCCAGCCACCAAUUGCUGCCGGGAAUCAAAUUGCAGGAAGAGGAGGCACGGUUCCAUGGAAUUUGAUUCGAGAUGGCAUGGGAGUUUCAUUGGGUAACUUACCUCCAUCACUAAGGCCACCUCCUGAAGGCGGAUAUCCUACUCUUCCCUUCGUUGACUGGGGAUAAGUCAUGCAAUUCUCAUUGACUUCCUCUAUGACGAUGGUAAUGUAGAUUCCUACAUCUAGCUUCAAUACAAAAACUUCUCUUUCUUCACUAUGAGCUAGUGUGUACCAGCAGCAACAGAGGUGGUUGAGAUGUUCAACCAAGCACCAUUCGGAACAUAUGGUUGGCUGUGUGUUUAAUGUAUAAGACAUGCUACAUAGUGAGACCUUACUGUUACCAUGCUGACACACCUCUGCUCUUUGAUGGUUUCCCUAGUUAUAGAGAAUUCUCAAUUUCUGAUACUUUCUCUUGAUGGACAUAAUCAUGUAUUCACAUUCUGUAUAUACUGCUAGCACACCUGUUUAAUACAAAUCAUUAACUGGUUUACUACACUGUCUAUAACAUGAAUUUUAUUUCAAAUGUUAGGUGGAUGUGGUAUGUUUAAAUAUGCUCUUCCUGUUUUGUGUUUGUAAUAUGAAUCAGUGAAU